GGAGGAGCCUUGUAGCGCAGUGGGAAUGCGCAAAACGCUAGUACUCUUUCAUGAAAUGAAGACUACUCGUUCUGCUUAUUAGAAAACAGUGCUAAUAUUAAAAACUUUCUGGUUUAUUCAAUUUUUUUUGUUUCCCUGGGAGGAAUAAAUAUCCAAUAUAACAAACAUGUCAAACGAUGUGAAUUCCCAAGCUGACAAGCCCAAUGAAGAAGAAAAUGUCGAUAGAGCAGAAGAAGAAGGCAGUUCAUCUAUUGACCUGCAUGCGCAAGAAAGUGGCCCUAUAUAUGGAGGUUGCGAAGGACCAAAUGCAAUGUAUGUAAAACUGGUUAGCAGCGAUGGACAUGAAUUUAUUAUUAAACGAGAACAUGCCUUAACUAGUGGAACAAUAAAGGCCAUGUUAAGUGGUCCUGGUCAGUUUGCUGAAAAUGAAGCUAAUCAAGUUACUUUCCGUGAAAUACCCUCUCAUGUAUUACAGAAGGUCUGCAUGUACUUUACUUACAAAGUACGUUACACAAAUAGCAGUACAGAAAUACCAGAAUUUCCUAUAGAGCUUGAAAUUGCAUUGGAAUUAUUUAUGGCUGGAAAUUUCUUAGAUUGCUAAAUACAUUAAAUAGCAUCAAUAAUUAUCAGCAAUUAUCGAAUUUAAUUCUGGGAUGUAAUACAACAUUUUGUUAUAUUUUUUUUUUCCAAAAUUUAAUUGGUGUUAACAAAUUUUUUCAGUGGAUAUUGCUAUUUUGUAUUUUACUUACAUUUAUAGUAUAUAAACGUUUAACGUGGGAUAGCUGUGAUUUCGACAACAGAUUGUCAAAUGUGCACCCAUAAAUUGUAAAAUUUCAUAAUUUAUACAAGAUAUUUAACAAAUAUUAUAAUAUUUUCGAUUAUUAAGCAACUCAAAACCUCCUAUAUUAGAUUAUACUUGAUUACAUUUAUUAUAUAUUUUACUAGCAUAACAAAUUGUUACAUUAAAAAAAAAAUUUAUAUCAAAAGCUAAAAUAUCAAUAUAAUGUUAAACACAUAUUCACGACUAUUUUAAUCUGUUUUACGAUUGCAAAGGAUUUAUAUCGUAUAUAAUUAAUGAAGAGUUUAAACAGCAACAUAUACCAGAAAUUUUCGUUUUUAAUAACAUUAUAUAUUGAUACAUUGUUAUUUGAAUUUUUAUUACAUAUAAGAAUAUUUAUUUUUGGUUUAUGUUCAUACCAUAAAUUACUGUACAUUAUUUUCUAGGAAAUUAAGUGGUAACAAAGUUUCAGGAUACAAAAUAAGUUUAUAAGUAGAAUACAGUACACUUAAGAAGUAGACUAAUUACAAAAUUUGUGAUGUAUUGUGAGUUAAUGUAAGAAGAAAUGCAUCAAUCUUUUACAAAACCUUUAUAAAAAACAUGUACAUGUAAACUUUUCUAAUAUAGCUAAUUAUAAGAA